CAUUUUUGAGCCAUUCUUAUCUCUGAAGUGCAGUUGGGUGAAAAGACGGGGUUUUUUAUGCAGAACACUUAUGUGGGCUUCUGUCUUGUAAAUAAUUUGGAAAGCAGAAGUCCCUUACAUCUUUUGAGUUUAAUGUUUCACUAUGUAUUUAAAGAGAGAGACAGGCUUAGGGGGCUGGAUAACUGUACCUGCUGUAGCUGAUGUUCUUAAGUAUUCUUGCAUUGUUUGCUGGUCUUCUAGGGAAAAGAAUAAUGUAGAGCAAGACCUGAAGGAGAAAGAAGAUACCAUCAAGCAAAGGACAAGUGAGGUCCAGGAUCUACAAGAUGAAGUAAAGCGGGAAAGCAGUAAUCUGCAAAAGCUGCAAGCUCAGAAACAGGAAGCGCAGGAAAUCCUUAAUGAUCUUGAUGAGCAGAAGGCCAAGUUGGAAGAGCAACUUAAUGAUAUCAGGCAGAAGUGUGCAGAGGAGGCCCAUUUGAUUGCCAUGCUGAAGGCUGAAAUAACAAGUCAGGAAUCAAAGAUUUCAGCAUAUGAACAUGAACUGACCAAAGCUCAAGAGGAGCUGAGUCGCCUGCAGCAAGAAACGGCAGAGCUUGAGCAUUGCAUAGAGUCUGGCAAAGCACAGCUGGGACCUCUUCAGCAACAUCUGCAGGAUUCACAACAGGAAAUCAAUUCAGUGCAGACAAAACUUCUUGAGCUGAAAGAAUUGGAAAAUAACCGAUUUAGUUGGCACUCUCAGACACAUAAUACUCUUGUUAAUGGAACUGUGGAUCAUUCUAGUCUUAGCAACAGCAGCAGUGAAACUGCUAACCUUAAUGAGAAUGCUGAAAGGGAAAGUAUAGCAGAAGAUGAACAAAUAAACAGUGUGUCUCCAAUAAGGAAUAGCCCUGAAACAACAGCCACUGUUGCAGAGGAAGAGAAAGAGAGCCCAGCUGCAGCUGUUACCAAAAAAGAAGAUCCAUUUGAUGCUGAAUCUCAUCCAUUACCUGAUCUAGUUUCUGAAGCCACCUUAGAGUUCUUCCAGUCUGACCCUUUUGUUGGCAGUGAUCCCUUCAAAGAUGACCCUUUUGGAAAAAUUGAUCCUUUUGGUGGUGAUCCCUUCAAAGGCUCAGAUCCUUUUGCAGCUGACUGUUUUUUCAAACAAUCCUCCACUGAUCCAUUUGUGACUGCUGGCACUGAUCCAUUUAGCACUGCAGACAACAGUAAUAAUAUCACAACAGAGAUAUCAAAGAAGAAUGACCCUUUUGCUCCUGGUGGAACAACUGUUACUACAUCAAAUGAUCUAGCUACAGACCCCUUUACAUCUUUGUUUGGAAAUGAAUCCUUCGGAAGUGGCUUUGCUGACUUUAGCACGCUGUCAAAGGCCAACAACGAAGAUCCCUUUAGCUCUUCCACAUCAGGUUCUGUCAACAAUGUGAUCAUAACUAAAAAUUUGUUUGAGGAACCACCAGCUAAAAAUAAGGAUGUUCCUCCUGCAUUGCCCCCUAAAACAGGAACUCCCACAAGGCCCUGUCCGCCACCACCUGGGAAAAGACCUAUCAAUCAAAUAGACUCUUCAGAUUCCUUUAAACCGAGCGAUCCAUUUCAGCCUUUCCCCACCCCAGACAUUCCCAAAGAACAAGAAGCAGAUCUAUUCUCUGAUCCAUUUGCUCCCACCAGCAUCAGUAAAGAGGCUGACCCCAACAAUUUUGCAAACUUCAGUACUUAUUCUACUGAGGAAGACAUGAUUGAAUGGGCGAAGAGGGAAAGUGAGAGAGAAGAGAAAGAAAGAUUGGCAAGACUAAAACAGCAAGAGCAAGAAGACUUGGAACUGGCUAUUGCACUCAGUAAAUCUGAAAUAUCAGAAGCAUGAAGUUUAGAAUAAGAUUUUGUCUUAUGUCAACUGUUUUGUCCCUUUUCCUGAAUACCUAACCUAUUUAAAUGUUAAUCAGAAAAUACAUAUAUACAAGAAACUAUGAAAACCUUUACAUUUCUGAAAGCGGUGUGAAUGUUUCUGCUAAAUUCAGUCCUUUUGGUUAUUGUUUGAAUAACUGUUUAGCAUUCAGUUUCUCUCAAGUUUCCAGGAGAACAAAGUACUUUGCCCAGCUGUAAGCAAAUCAGUUUAAAAUGCAGAUAGUGAGAUUAUAGUUUUACUGUAAUCUGUCAGCAGUUGGUAAUUGAGCAUAAAGUGAACAUAGCAAUUAUUCUGCCAUGGCUGACUGUCUCCCAUCAAGCAGUUAGUCAUCUGAAAUCUUUUAUCCUUCUAAUGAGAUUUUAGUAAUAUCAGAGUUGUGGAGUGCUUUAUUUUCUAUGUAUGCAUAUAGAUUUUUCUCUUCAUUGAAGAUUCUACAUUUGGAUUUGAAAUAACUAUCUUCAUGGAGCCUAAGUCAGAAAGAGUGAGUGUGUCUUUCUGAAACCUUUAAUGCUUUUCUUGCAUGGUCAUGGAUUUUAAGACAGAUCUGUUUUAUCUGUUUUAUUCAUGUGCAUUUGCUGUUGGCCAAGGUGACUGUCAAAUUAUGAGACCCCACUGCUAUUUGAGCCACUUUUGCCUGUGAAAU